CUACAACACCUGCACAUCAAACCCCAACACGUCGACACCGCGCAAGAAUAUAUUCGUUUUACUCUCGGACCGGCAGGUCGCAUGUUAAAUCUCUGAGCUGUUACACAAUUUUAAUUCAAUUUUUAACGAUUUUGCGGUCAAAAAGUUGAAUAACACCCCCGUGAACUCGAACUUUUUUAAGAAAAAUACACAAAUUAUUCAAUUUUUGUUGGGAAGUCACGUGAACGUUCUGUGUGGCACUAACGUGACCGCCCGGACGUGAAGAUCUUAUCACAACAUUCCACGUAUUGUUUAUACAAUCGAUGACAAAUCAGUUCUUGCUUUCUCCAUCUAUCCUGCACACUAUAUUUCUCGCUCUUAAAUCGCCGAUUUAUCAGAACGUCACCGCAUAUAAAUGUAACAAAAGUGCAAAGGGCACUUGAAACGAAUCCUAUCGAAUCCACAAAAAUCAAAUUUGCAAUUUAUUCUCGAUUUCCAGAGAAUUGUGAAUGAGCAAGAAGUCGGUGGACGUGGAAGCGUCGACGUCGAAUUCGAGCAGCGCGUUGUAUGAUACGACAGUGACGAAAGGACAUCAUCGACGAACUUCCUCAUUAUGGGUACCCCCGACACGACCAAUAUUCUCCUCGCCGACCCAAGUAAUCAAAGAAAAAGCGGAAAACGGUGGCAGAAUCCUAAAAACGCAUCCAGUAACACGAUGGCUGUUCCCAACUCAACCCAUGCUUCCACAACAGCGACUCGUCGUUCCGAAUAAUCAAAAAGAGCCACCACCGAGAUACGAGCAACCGAAUCGAAAAUAUUGUGGAAAUCGAAUUUCGACUACAAAAUACAGUGUGCUCACGUUUAUUCCGAAGAAUCUAUUCGAACAACUGCAUCGAGCGGCGAAUUUGUAUUUCAUAUUUAUAGUGAUACUUAAUAUGAUAAUUGGAGCAUUCGGAAAAUACAUUUCAGUGUUGCCAAUUGCAUUUGUAUUAGGAAUAACUGCAAUUAAAGAUGCUUUCGAAGACUAUCGACGCUAUAAAUCCGAUCAAAAAAUCAAUCAUUCGACGUGUCGUGUUUGGGAUGCAAGUCAGCAGAGAUAUCGAAAACUUGAAUGGCAAAAUAUUCUCGUUGGAGAUUUUGUUCAUUUGUCUCACGAUGAAAUUAUUCCCGCAGACAUUCUUCUGUUACGGAGCAGUGAUGUGAAUGGUGUUUGUUAUGUGGAGACGUGUAAUCUUGAUGGUGAAAGUAAUCUGAAGCAGCGGCAAGCGAUUCGGUCGAUGGGAAAAUAUCAUAAUGCAAAUGUACCGUUGGAGUACUCGCCUGCUGAGUUUAAUUAUAGGAUUGCAUGUGAACAACCAACAACCGAUGUCUACAAAUUCGAAGGACGCCUCGAAGCAAUAGAAGGUGGACCACCACUGGCACGGGAAUUCACGAUACUUGCCAAAGAAAAUGUGCUGCUCCGAGGAUGCGUCGUCAAGAAUACGGAUUUUGUCGAAGGAAUUGUCCUCUACGCUGGAAAAGACACAAAAGCAAUGCUCAACAAUAAUGGUCCCCGCUACAAGAGAAGUUCACUGGAAAAGAUGACAAAUGUGGAUAUUCUGUGGAGUGUGUGCACUCUUUUGGCACUUUGUGUUAUUGGAGCAGUGCUCUCUGGUGUCUGGCUCCGAACGUUCUCCACACCGUAUAUCGUGCCGUUUCUUGUGUUCAUUCAUCCCAACUCUUCGUAUCACAAUAAUAAUGACUCUCAGUAUAAGUACAGCCCGUCUUACGAGUCUUGGUUCAGUUUUUGGAGUUAUAUUAUUGUUCUACAGGUGAUGAUUCCAAUAUCGUUAUACGUGUCAAUUGAAUUCAUCAAAAUAUUCCAAGUAUGGUUUAUGUCACAAGAUCGGAAUAUGUAUUAUGAUAAAGUGGAUAAACGACUACAGUGUAGAGCACUUAAUAUUACUGAAGAACUUGGACAAAUACAAUAUGUGAUGUCGGAUAAAACUGGAACUUUGACUGAGAAUCAGAUGGUAUUCCGCCGAUGCUCAGUGAAUGGAAAUGACUAUGGAGGUCGUCCGGUCGUUGAUGCAGUUGAUUCUUCACUGGAACUCGUCGCAUCAACCCUUCGAAGUGAUCAACCAACAGAGAAGAAGCUUCAAAUGGCUGCUCUAGCAGAAGCUGCAGCAAAGACUAGAAGACUUCGUCCAUCUCGUGAUCCAGCUUUAGAAUCUCAGUUGGCAUCUAGUGUACUCAAACUUGGAGCUGACAUUGACGAUCCCGUAUUCGCAUUCUUUUUGACUAUGGCAAUUUGUAAUACGGUUGUGGUUAAUGCAAAGCCUCACGAAGACUUGAUGGAUCCUGAUGGAGAUAUUGUGAAUAGUCGAUUUGCACCGGAAGAGGUCUCGCCACGAAGAGGAAGUAGUCUAGAGGAUGGAUUCAAAUAUCUGGCUGAUGUUGAAGAAGAGAGCCCAGCAUCGACACAAGCAUCCACACCAGUGAUGAUAACCGAGGAAAAUGAUGGAUUUGAGGAAAUUGAACUCAUCGAAUUUCCCGAAGUGAAAACUGAUGAGACACAGAUGACUGAAAAGGAGGAGACGAUCAGUGCGGAGGUGGCGGCGAAGAAGAGUGGAAGUGAUGAGAAGGAUAAUAAUUAUAAUGGAGAACGGAAGGAGGGAAAGGGAUUUGGAAUCCUGCACCGACCGUCAAUUCUAUCGGUUCCAUUCGCGAAACUAAAAGGAAUGAAAAGUCCAUUCCGUCGUUCAGUUGAUAAAAGAUCAAGCUCAUCAACAGAAACUGCUGUGGCGCCUCCACUUCAUUCAUUUUAUGAUUCUGAAUCACCAGAUGAAUUGGCUUUAGUUGAAGCAGCAAGAGAAUAUGGUAUCCGGUUGUUGAGACGACGAUUCGAUGACGUCAUUGUCUAUUUGCGUCAUUCGACAAGCAGUGUUAAGUAUAAGGUACUCCACACACUUCCAUUCGACGCAGAUCGCAAGAGAAUGUCAGUGAUAAUCCGUGAAUCCAGUGGCCUCAAGAGAAUAAUUGUCCUGACGAAAGGAGCCGACGCUACAGUAAUUCCUGUGCUCAGCGAAGCGUUCAGUACGUCGGCACGCGGAGAAGAAGUGAUCUUCAAGUCACAAGAACAUUUGACUCAAUACGCGAAGGAAGGUCUCCGUACUUUAUGUCUUUCCAUGAAAAUUUGGACAGAAGAGGAAUAUCAAGGAUGGAAGGAGAAGCAUGAAGAAGCUGAGUUGGAUAUGAUGGAUAAAGAGACAAUGUUGGCUGAAAGUACUCUACGUGCUGAACAAGAUCUUGAACUUCUCGGAGUUACUGCAAUUGAGGAUCGUCUACAAGAUGGAGUUCCAGAAUGUAUUCAUUCUCUUAGAGAAGCAGGAAUUCGAGUUUGGGUCUUGACUGGAGAUAAAAUUGAGACAGCUGUUAAUAUUGCCUAUUCCUCUCGACUAUUCUCCCCUUCUAUGGAUCUUUUGAAUAUUGGAGCCAAUGGAGUACGGGCGGUCUCUGAUUUGCUCACGGAGCAUUUGAAGCGAAUUGCGAGAGCCUAUGAGGUGUCGGCAGAUGCUGCUGAUUCGUUUGGACUUGUUCUUAACGCGUCGACGAUGAGCUAUUGUCUGGAUCCGCAUAAUUUGGAGAGAUUCGUUAAAUUGCUUAGAGGAUGUCGUUCGGUGCUUUGUUGCAGAGCUACUCCAUUGCAGAAAGCACAACUCGUGAAUUUGGCGAAGAAUCAUUUGAAGGGAAAAGUACUGGCGAUUGGUGACGGGGCGAAUGAUGUUAGCAUGAUUCAGGGUGCCGACGUCGGAAUCGGAUUAUCAGGCCAAGAAGGAAUGCAAGCCGUAAUGUCAUCUGAUUUUGCAAUGGCCCGAUUCCGUUUUCUAUCCAAUCUGCUUCUAGUCCACGGUCACUGGAAUUACUAUCGUCUGGCACAAACAAUUCUCUACUUUUUCUACAAAAAUGCAAUGCUUGUCUUUGUAAUAUUCUGGUAUCAAAUAUUCAAUGGUUUCUCAGCUCAAGUACCAAUUGAUCCAGUUUAUUUAAUGGUCUAUAAUCUCAUAUUUACCUCUGUUCCACCACUUCUUUUCGGAUGUCUAGAUCAGGAUGCAAGUGCUGAGCUAUUGCUGGAUUGUCCGAGACUCUACGAACAGGGAAGACUUGGGAAACGGUAUCGAUGGUAUUCGUUUUGGAUUAAUAUGCUUGAUGCUGUAUGGCAGAGCCUCGUUGUCUUUUUUAUUUGCUAUUUUACAUAUCGUGGAAGUAACGUUGAUAUGUGGACAUUCGGACAUUUGCUGGUGACUCAAUUAAUAAUUGUGAAUACAUUCCAUUUGGCUCUAUUCGUACAAUAUUGGACAUGGCCAAUGUUCUGGUCAAUGUUCUUGUCCGUUCUUUUAUUUUUUAUCUGUGCACUUCUUUAUAAUGGAUUUGUUACUGCAAACUGGACAUGGACUAAUGUUAAAGAUCCACCAUCGAUGGUUUCAUUGAAAUCGUUUUCGAGUUUGGAGUUUUGGAUGGCUCUGAUAAUCUCUGUCGUCCUGUGCCUAACACCUCGAUAUGUGCUCACAACAGUCGUUAACACAGUCAGCCCGUCGACAACUCUUCGAACACGACUUGGAGCUGAAGAUGGCUUUAAAAAGAAGACCGAAUCAAGAUUUACUGCAUGCGCUGUCGGAUGCCUUUCAGCUCCUUUCAAAUGUGCCAGAAUGUGCUGUCAAAAGACGAAACCCGCAGAUGUUCAUAUUGAAGAAGUUCAUCACUAGCCAGCCAGAUCAUCAUCAUCAUCGCCCAAAUAUCACAUUUCCAUGACAAAUAUCUACAUUUCUCUCAUUUUUUUGUACCAUUUUCUCUCCACACACAAAGCGAGUUUUUUCUGCCAAUUUCUUCUCAAACUACGGGCCAUUCUUCUCAGCAGUACUGCUCCUCUACUUUUUUCCCUUCCCAUUCGCAUAAAUUCUCACAAAUUUCGAUUCUUGUGCUCUUUUCUGAUGAUUCUUCAUCAUAUUUUACUAGAUUACUCAUCAAUUUUAUCCAUUAUUUUCCCCCGAACUGUAUAAUAUCGCCCGAAGCAUCCCGAGUAUUUGGCUUUUUUGUUCUAUUGAUUACGAGUUUUGUACGUGCUCCCCCCGUAUUUUUUAGAGAUAUCAUGUAGAGAAACAUUUUUAAUAAAAUCAUCGAUUUUU